CCGGGGACCGUUCAGCUGCCGCACACGCACACGCACACGCACACAGCUGGACGAGUGCGAGACAAAGAGUGGUUGAGAAUGCACACACACGUGACGUGUAUUGCGGUUUACGUCAAUAAAGCGUCUAUUCUCCAUGUACGCGUUGCGUCCGUGGGGCCGAAUUGAGAAGAACCUUCUAGCGGACUAGAAGACGUCCUGGUUGCUCGUCAGGCUUCACCGACGUUGGCGAGAUCGCGUGAAGCUUCCGAAAAGCAGCCGAUUUCUGUGGGAGUCCGGUGCGGCGGUUACCUUGGACGUCCCGGGCCAAAGCCUUCCACGUCCCGGAGAACUGGAUGCAGUGUCCGCACCACGACGAGAAGAACUGGACCAGCCAGGCGGAGGACGAGUUGGUGACGGUGGACGUGAAGCCGGAGCCGCUCAGCACCGCCAGCGGGUCGUCGUCCGUGUACAGCCGGGCGGCGCCUGCCUGAGAACCGAACGCCGCCUGGAGCACGAGGGACGCCGUCCAGCAGAACCGGAACAUCCACGCCAUGAUCCGGACCCGCCGAGGUCAGAGAAGCGACGGACCGAGUCCGCAGACCGAAACAAAACACAGCCGGCGAGACAUGAGAGCGGCUGCCGUAGACCGGAAGUUGGAGACGUCUCACUCUACGUGGUUUCCGGAAAGCGGCUCUUGUCCACGCGGUGACGCUGCCCCUGACAGCACUGAGCCUUUCCGGGUUUUCAAAGGCACGGAAGAGAUUUUUUUUAAUGAAUGAAAUUAAGUCAGUUUGGUUUCGGGGUCAAAGGAAGCGUCGUCCUCGUUCACUUCCGGUUCACCGCCGGGGUUUUUUUUUUGCGUUGUGUCACCAUGGCAACCAAGCAGUAGGACACCCGGGACACACGCUGCUGUCGGCGGGAAUGAAGAUGGCACAAAGCAAAGGAGUUUCUUCACCAGGGGGCCUGGCGUCACCCAGAAUGGGCGUGGUCAGGGCGUCCAUGCUGACCAAUCCAUUGCUGAUCAAGGCACGGGUGGGUCAGAGCCGUUCUCCUGGUCUUCAUGUUCCUGGUCCACACUUCACUUUUGGAGCCAGAAGCUCACAAGGGGAAGGGGGUGUGGCUGAAGUUCUGUCCCACUGGAGGGUCCAUGAGUCCAAACAGGAGAGCCCCGCCCCCUGUCGGCAGCUCACCCGAGAUUUUGUGGCCCUCAACCGGGAUGCGGUCCGAUCCGGUUUGGUGACGUCCAAACAAAUGAAGGAGUACAGAGCGCGGAUGGGCGUGGCCGAGCAGAAACCCGCCCCCAAAGUCCAGAAGGCCAGAACCUCACAGCGGCCCGACGUCCCCGACAUCACCUUUGGGGUCAAGACCACCAGGGCCUCGUCUCCUCUCUCUCAUCUUCUGUCCCACGAGUACGCCCGCCGCUGGCGAGAUGAUGUCAUCAAAGGAAGUCGUGCUUGUGAGCCGCGUCAGAGGUGCUUUGGAGACACGAGGACAACUUUGGUGCGCAGGAGUACAAGUCUUCCUCACACACAGGCGUCUCAUGCCGUGGACACCUUCAGGAAGUAGGACAUCUCCAAAGCACUCACCUUCCAGAAACACCAGGCGGCGCUGGCGUUCCCUCCCACUCCCUUCGUGUCCGCACUUGCUCCGCCCAUUCUGGACCUCUACCUGUGCCACGCCCCACUGCUUGUCCAAUGAGAAGCCAGCGUGGUGAAUUCAUUAGCAUUUAUUAAAAAAAGAGGACAAAGGUGUUGUUGUGUGUGUUGGCCAACGGGGGCGCCAUCUUUCAUGUUAACAUUGUAGCUCCGCCUCCUCCUCCUUCUUCUUCUUCUUCUUCUUGGGCUUUCCCAGGCCGCUGGAGAACUCUGAGCGGAGCAAAGCCAUGUUCUUGUGGCCCAAACAGAACCUGAAGGAG